UCAUUCAAUUGAGCUUGGGAACAUGUCGCCCCGCUUUGUAAUGAAAAUCCAGUUUAGUUUAUUUACACCUAUGUUAAAUACGAUGAAAGGGCGGUCGAUCCUUUGCUGUGUGGUAUUACAGUUCAUUCCGCACACAAUCGGUGUACUGGUAAACUCUCCAUGUACAAAAACGUCUGAUUGGAAUACCUACCACAUCCUCUGUCCCACCAAUCAAACUAUUUAUAUUAAACGGCACGUGAUUGAGGAUGGUUUUAACGGACUGAAGUUCCCAGCCCUCGGGUGUAGCGCCAGUGAUGGCGUUUACUGUGGUGUCGAACUACCAACUAACAAUAUCAAUCUUAAAAACUACCACAUUUUGGACUCGGCCGUUGAUAUAUGCAAUGGACGAAAAGAGUGUUACCUGACCAAAAAAUAUUUUCUGGAGGCUGAAGCGGCUCUGAAGAAGUUUUGUAAUGCCUCACUACGACCCGAGUUACAGAAAACAACUUUUCGACAGAGUAUUGACUAUGAAUGUAUUCAAGAUUCUCAGAUCAUGGGCAUGUGUUUGACGGAAAAUGAGAUAAGGCAUUUUAAUCAACCUGUGUAUUUGAGGGUUUUGGACGCAGACUGUACCUGUAACAUUACUGGAUCUGUUACUCGUGUUGAGAUAUUACAAACAAUGUCUGUCAAACUUCUGAUUCAAUCUAAUGAUAUCAACAUUUUUGAGCAUCAAAACACGGACGUAAGUUUAUACGGAGUUGAUAUUCCAGUUCAAGCAGACAACCUGAUAAUAACAACAGAAAAUGGAUCAAAAUCAAGCUUGGCUAUGAUGAAAAUCGUCAGUAAAGGGAGCUUUUCAAUUCAAUGUCGCAAUUGGACUUUGAGUUCAAGGUCUGAGCACAAUAUAGGAUAUAGACGUCAAGCUUUAGAUCUACCGUUCACAGGAUCCUUAUCUACGAUAAAAAAUACACCAAUUGCAACCAUGCGAAAUUUUAUGAAUAAUGUCACAAACAAAGAAUCGGGAAAUCGAGGUAGAUUACCUAAAAUGGAGAGUUCCGAUGUUGCAAUAACGCAUGGUGGUGUUUUAAGUUGGAUACAGACCUUUUUGAUAAUAUUCCUUUUUGUCUUUGCUUUUUUUAUUUACUACAAAAAGAGGACUGCAGGUCAUAGUUCAGUCAAAAUAGAAAUUAAAGACAAACAGGAGAAACUGAUGGUUGUUUUUCAUCCUAAAAAUGAGAAGAAGACGAGUAUUGAGAUCCAUCAAGCGAACUGUAUGUGUGCCAGCAACAAUGAACGCAAUGAGACGGCCUCUCCAUACACACCUCUACAAAUUGUAAACGAAGUCGAGAGUAAUAUUCAUACAAGUACCAAUAAUGACUAUCUUGACGUUAUUUAAGCAUUUUAUAUUCAUCAUAGUUUUGAGAUUUAAUCUUCUGCUCAAACAAUAUAUAGUGAAUUUGUGUUUGUAGACCAGCAGGACUGCUCAAUGCGAUAUGUUAUUGUUUUGUGUUUUAUUUGUAAUUGAUAUUUUGGAGAGUGUGUAUAUUGUAGAUAGUUGAUUACAUUAAUGGCACAAUUAUCAUUUUCGAUGAUGAGACAAGUUGUAACCGUUACAAGAGAUUGCUGUAGAAAAAUCAAUAAUGUUCAUAUGUAAAUAUAACAUACCCCACCGUAUAUCAGUUUUUUUUUCGCGUGUCACAAACUUCGGGAAAAUGGGGAAAUCUGUAACAUUUUUAUUGUGCGUCAUUCAUUUUUUGCGAUUUAAAAAGUUUGUUAUAGAAAAUGAUACAGGAUAUAAUUUCUGCGUAUUCAAUUGUCUAUGGUUUAAAAGAGAUCGCGAAAAAAGCGAAAAUUAGAUCAUCGCGAAAAUUACCGGACAUACGGUACUUUAAUUUAAUCAUCGGUCUAUCCGUGUAUAUAUGUGGUCAUUUUUUUUAAAAAUUAACUCAUCUUUCAAUCUCUAUAUAAUUAUGAGGAUCGGAUUCUAAAUAACUUUUAAACCACCCUACAUGUUUAAAAUAAAAAAAAAAAACAUGACAAGAAAAUUUUUAGGUAGUAUCAUCAUAGUAUUGAAAUCUUAUCUCUAACUUCUGAAAAGAGUUCUCAGUGCAAUGCUAUAUGAUAUUUGAACUCCCAACUUUAAUCAAACAGAAGACAUAUUUUUUUGUGGUUUGUCGAGUAUUUUUAUGUGGUUUUGUUCUUUUUUGUUUACUGUAGUAGGCCAGGCUUCUGAUUUUUUCU